CAAAGUGCAAGUCAGCGGCAUUGUGCUCACAUGUGAGUACAGUUCAUUUCAAUCAUGCGUUAGUACAAUAUCUCAGCAGCAGUUUAUCAUUUAGAAAGUGUAAUAAUCCGGCUGUUGGAAUUGGACAAACGCCAUGGAUUUCGAAGAAUUCCGUACAAGGGGUAAACAGAUGGUAGAUUAUAUCACAGAUUACCUGAAAUUCAUCGAGCAGCGUCCCGUUUACCCGGCGGUACAGCCCGGGUACCUACGACCGCUAAUUCCGGACAGCGCACCCCAGGAACCAGACAGCUUCGAGGAUCUGAUGAAGGACGUCGAGAGAGUCAUUAUGCCCGGGGUAACCCACUGGCAAAGUCCUCAUUUUCAUGCCUAUUUUCCCGCUGCCUGCUCCUUUCCCGGUUUUCUGGGCGAUAUGUUAUCUGGUGCCAUCGGCUGUAUUGGGUUUUCCUGGGCUGCAAGCCCUGCAUGUACAGAGUUGGAAACUGUGAUGCUUGACUGGCUGGGAAAGAUGCUGAACCUGCCUGAAGAAUUUCUGGCUGUGACUGGUACUGGAGGUGGUGGAGUGAUACAGGGCACAGCCAGUGAAAGUACACUUGUGGCGCUUCUUGCUGCAAAAAAGAAGAUGAUUACACAAAUGCAAGAAAAGUAUCCUGAUCUUGAAGAAGUCUCGGUCAUUUCAAAGCUAGUGGCUUACACAUCAGAGCAGUCCCACAGUUCUGUUGAACGAGCAGGGUUAAUUGCUGGUGUCAAAAUGAGAAAAUUACCUACUGAUGAGAAGUUCAGUCUCCGUGGGGAGGCACUGAGACAAGCUUUGGAAGAAGAUAAAACCUUGGGUUUAAUCCCUUUCUAUCUUUGUGCAACACUUGGCACCACUCCCUCCUGUGCAUUUGAUAACAUUAUGGAGCUUGGACCUAUAUGCACUUCUGAAAAUAUCUGGAUGCACAUUGAUGCUGCCUAUGCUGGAAGUGCUUUUAUCUGUCCAGAGUUCAGACCUCUUUUAAAUGGAGUGGAGUUUUCAGAUUCUUUCAACUUUAAUCCUCAUAAGUGGCUUUUGGUGAACUUUGAUUGCUCUGCCAUGUGGGUGAAGAAAAGAUCAGAACUAAUUGGAGCUUUUAAAAUGGAUCCCCUUUACCUAAAACACGAUCAUCAGGACUCUGGACUCAUCACUGAUUAUAGGCAUUGGCAGAUUCCUCUUGGACGUAGAUUCCGUUCUUUGAAAAUGUGGUUUGUGUUCAGAUUAUAUGGAGUAAAAGGACUUCAAGAACAUAUUCGUAAGCAAGUGGGCCUGGCACAUGAGUUUGAGAGCUUGGUACGUCAAGAAGAACAGUUUGAGAUUGUGAAUGAUGUCAUAUUAGGGCUGGUGUGCUUCAGAUUGAAGGGCUCAAAUGAUCUUAAUGAAAAUCUCAUUAAAAGAAUAAAUGAAAUGAGAAAGAUUCACAUUGUACCGUGCCAACUUCAAGACAAGUUUGUCCUCCGUUUUGUUGUAUGUGCAACUAGAGCUGAAAGUAAACACAUCCAAUAUGCCUGGCAGAACAUAAAGGAGAUUGCAACUGAACUUCAACAAGGCCGUCAAUAGAAGUACACUUCACUGCAUCGGAUAUUUGUGCUUUUAUUUUUGUGGAUGCCCUGAAUUUUGGUGCUGGUUUUGGUGAUCAUAGAAUAAUACCCGUGCACUGUAUCAACUAUUCUAAAAUAUAUUGUGUGUAUACUCAAGUUUGAUUUUUUUAAGUGUAUUCAACAAAUGGUUUUGCAGGGUUGGUAACUUGGUUUUCAUUGAUGUAUCUUUUACCUUUAUUAUGCUAUAAUACAAUGUAUCAGUCCUUACAUCUUUAAAAAUAUUUACGGUCAAACCAAAUCUGGUCUCAUUGUACUAAAAACCUUACUAAUUGUACUCAUUGUACUAAAAACCUACUAAUCACUUAUCAUUUUAAAAAACACUUUCUAGCUGCUUAAACAAU